AGCCUGGGGAAGGAGAGCAUCGGGGUCGCCGCGAUGAUCCCCCCGCAGGAGGCGUCGGCCCGGCGGCGGGAGAUCGAGGACAAACUGAAGCAGGAAGAGGAGACCCUGUCUUUCAUCCGAGACAGCCUGGAGAAGAGCGACCAGCUCACCAAGAACAUGGUGUCCAUCCUGUCGUCCUUCGAGAGCCGCCUGAUGAGGCUGGAGAAUUCCAUCAUCCCUGUGCACAAGCAGACGGAGAACUUGCAGCGGCUGCAGGAGAAUGUGGACAAGACGCUGGCCUGCCUGGACCAUGUCAUCAGCUACUACCACGUGGCCAGCGACACCGAAAGGACCAUCCGGGAGGGCCCCACAGGCAGGCUGGGUGAAUACCUGGGCAGCAUGGCCAAGAUCCAGAAGGCCGUCGAGUACUUCCAGGACAAUAGCCCAGACAGCCCAGAGCUCAACAAAGUGAAACUCCUCUUUGAGCGAGGAAAGGAGUCCCUGGAGUCCGAGUUCCGCAGCCUCAUGUCCCGGCACAGUAAAGUCGUGUCUCCCGUGCUUAUCCUGGACCUGAUCAGUAUGGAGGACGAGCUGGAAGUCCCGGAGGAGGUGCCCCUGGAGCACCUGCCCGAAGCUGUACUGCAGGAUGUGAUCCGCAUCGCCCGCUGGCUGGUGGAGUACGGCCGCAACCAAGAUUUCAUGAACGUCUACUACCAGAUCCGCUCCAGCCAGCUGGACCGCUCCCUUCGGGGGCUCAAAGAGCACUUUCGGAAGAACAGCUCCUUGGCCGGGGUGCCUUACUCCCCCGCCACCUCCAAUAAGAGGAAAGACACACCCACCAAGAAGCCCGUCCGGCGGCCAGGGACCAUCCGUAAAGCCCAGAACCUUCUGAAACAAUAUUCCCAGCAUGGUCUAGAUGGGAAAAAGGGGGGCUCUAACCUCAUUCCUCUGGAAGGGAGAGAUGACAUGCUGGACGUGGAGACGGACGCCUACAUCCACUGUGUUAGCGCCUUCGUCAGGCUGGCGCAGAGCGAGUACCAGCUGCUGACGGACAUCAUCCCCGAGCACCACCAGAAAAAGACCUUCGACUCCCUCAUCCAGGAUGCACUGGACGGGCUCAUACUGGAGGGGGAGAACAUUGUGUCGGCCGCCCGCAAGGCCAUUAUCCGCCACGACUUCUCAGCCGUGCUCAGCGUCUUCCCCAUCCUGCGGCACCUCAAGCACACCAAGCCUGAAUUCGACCAGGUGCUCCAGGGCACUGCAGCGGCCACCAAGAACAAGCUGCCCAGCCUCAUCACUUCCAUGGAAACCGUGGGGGCCAAAGCACUGGAGGACUUUGCUGAUAACAUCAAGAACGACCCAGACAAGGAGUACAACAUGCCCAAGGAUGGCACCGUGCAUGAACUCACGAGCAAUGCCAUCCUAUUUCUGCAGCAACUCUUGGACUUCCAGGAGACAGCAGGUGCCAUGCUGGCUUCCCAAGUUCUCGGGGACACAUACAAUAUUCCUUUAGACCCCCGAGAGACCAGUUCGUCCGCCACCAGCUACAACUCGGAGUUCAGCAAGCGCCUGCUCAGCACCUACAUCUGCAAGGUCCUGGGGAACCUGCAGCUGAACCUGCUGAGCAAGUCCAAAGUGUACGAGGACCCGGCCCUGAGCGCCAUCUUCCUGCACAAUAACUACAACUACAUCCUCAAGGCCCUGGAAAAGUCUGAACUGAUCCAGCUGGUGGCCGUGACCCAGAAGACGGCUGAGCGCUACUACCGAGAGCACAUCGAGCAGCAGAUCCAGACAUAUCAGCGCAGCUGGCUGAAGGUGACAGACUACAUCACUGAGAAGAGUCUCCCUGUCUUCCAGCCCGGCGUCAAGCUCCGAGACAAGGAGCGGCAGAUGAUCAAGGAGCGAUUCAAGGGCUUCAAUGACGGCCUGGAAGAGCUCUGCAAGAUCCAGAAGGCCUGGGCCGUCCCCGACACAGAGCAGAGGGACAGAAUCCGCCAGGCUCAGAAGGACAUCGUCAAGGAGACCUAUGGAGCCUUCCUGCACAGGUACGCCAGCGUGCCCUUCACCAAGAACCCCGAGAAGUACAUCAAGUACCGAGUGGAGCAGGUGGGCGACAUGAUCGAGCGGCUCUUCGACACGUCGGCCUGAACCCGAGUCGGGCCAGAUAAACCGUUUCACUUGCC